AUGGCGAUAGACGUAAAUAAUGUAAAGACACUACUUCAGAACUCAAUUGAGCAUGACGAUGUUGAGCAGCUAGAAAUGUGUUUAUACCAAUUGGAUCCAAAUGUUCCUCUUGAAUUGGUAAUUGCUAAAUAGGUCGGGUACUGAAAUUUCACUCCAUUACUCUAUGCAUGCAGGCUAGGAAGCAAAACAGUUCUUAAUUAUUCCUCUUACAGUAUAUUUCUCUGAUUAAUUACUAAUAAUCAUGAAAAACAAUUUCUCUCUGAUAUAGAAUAUCUUAUUUCAAACUUUGAAACCCUUGACUAUAAUUCUGAAGAUGAAUAUGGUCACAACGCGCUAUUAAAUGCUGUACAUUCCUCGGAUCCAACAAUUCUCAGAUUGAUGUCUGCUUAUAUUUCGCCUGAUAAAAUUGAUAAGAAUGGAAACAACUGCCUGCAUAUUGCAGCCUCAAUAGGCAGUGUUGAGAUGACUAGAGUUUGCAUUGAAGAAUUAGGAAUCGAUCAAACAAAAAAUGCCUAUGGAAUGACUCCUCUGCAUCUAGCUUCUAACGCAGAAAUAGUAGAAAUGCUAAUUUUAAACGGCGCAGAUGUCAAUGAAAAAGACAACUGAGGCUGGACUCCACUUCACUAUGCUGCAUAUAAUCAAUGCUAUGACUGUGCCCGUGUCUUGAUACAAAUAGGGGCAGACGUUAGUAUUGCUGAUAAUGAUAAUACAACAGCUUUUGAUAUAUGCUUAAUAGUAGAUGAUCAAAGAAACAUCGCAAAAUUGAUCACUGAGGAAUUAGAAAGAAAAGCAAAAAGGAGAUUUUUACAAGCAAAAGAAAUAGAGAGCGAGAACGAGCUUAAAAGUGAUGAUAGCGAUAUAAAAAGUAAUGAUAUUUUUGAGGAAAAUAAUGUUGCCAGCGAAGAAAUUGAAGAUGAUGUGAUGUCGCUUGAUCUCUCUGCAGAAAAAAGUGGCGGUGUUCAAGAAAAUGAAGUAACAGGUGAAGAAUUUCAUAUAAUUCAGCUAGCGAAAUCUGAAAUAUUUUCAGAAGCAGAAGAAAAAAGUAUUGAGAAGGAGAAAAAUGGAAAAGAUGAAGACCUCCACAUUGAAAUUCUAAAGCAAUCCAUCUUAGUAAGGACUUCAAGCAGUGAAAGUUCUCACUCUCCUUUUACUCUAGAAGUGAAAAAUCUGAUUUCUGGCAUGUUGUCUAAAAAAUUUUCAAUUGAUUUUGGGGACUUAGGCGUUGAUAUCAUCAACUACCAAGAAAUCAAAAUGAGAGAAGAGCUAGGGAAAGGAGGAUACGGAAAAGUCUAUAGAGCUUAUUUCAGAGACUCUGAGGUCGCAGUCAAAAUUGUGAACUCAGAAAAAAUUGACGCAAAAGUUGUCGAAGAUUUCAUAAAAGAAAUUCAAAGUCUUAUAAAAAUCAGGCAUCAUAAAUUUCUAUUACUUUUAGGUAUAUGCAUAGAAGGGCCAUUAUGUAUAGUUACAGAAUUGGCAAAAGGUGGAAAUUUAGCUGAUGCUAUUGAAAAAAACAAAUUUGAUCAUAGUGAGAAGCUCAAAAUUGCACUUCAGAUAGCUGAAGGGAUGAAUUAUAUACACAAUAAGAAACCCCCGAUUGUCCAUAGAGACUUAAAGCCUCAAAAUAUUCUUUUAGACCAGUUUAAUCAAGUAAAAAUUGGUGACCUUGGCUUGUCAAGAACAAUUGAGCAAGUUGCAAAUACAAAUAGUAUAGAAAACACACAAAUUUGCCAAGGCACAAUCCGAUAUAUGGCCCCUGAACUAUAUGAAGAUCACCCUGCGUGCUCUACAAAAACAGAUAUAUGAGCAUAUGGCUGUGUUUUAUAUCAGCUUUUUACAGGGCUUCAGCCAUGAAGUGGUUUAGAUUUGCUUGGAGUCCAGCGGAGACUUGUCCUCAAAUAUCCGUUUGAAGUAAGUGAAGAAAUGCCAGAGCCUUUAAAAGAGCUCAUAUUAAAAUGCUGCACAGUAGAUCCCAUUUCUCGGCCGAGGUUUAAAGAAAUCCGUCUUAACUUAUACGCGAUAAUGGGAAUCCAGCCCUCCCAGCUAAGCUAA